CUUUGAAAGUUUGAGGGGCGGCGGCGGCAGGCGCGGGGGAACUCGGGGGCCGCUACGGGAGCCGCGCCGCCGCCCAUGUCAUUCCACUUCAAGUGACUUCAUGUGAUGUCAGCUGAAUGUAAAAGACAGUGAUCUCACGCGGAGGGGAAGAUGUUUGCCAUCAAAAUGUGACAGAGAAGACACGCUUCAUGGCUCGGAACGCAUCUCCUUGGCGGUGGGGGAAAGAGACUUAGAGGAGAGCUGCUGCGCCCCGGCCGAGUCCGGCUCGGCUCCGUGCGCCAUGGCAAGCUCGGCUUCCCUGGAGACCAUGGUGCCCCCGGCCUGCCCGCGCGCUGGAGCGUCGGCGGCCACUUCCAAGACGCUGGCCUUCUCCAUAGAGCGCAUCAUGGCCAAGACGUCGGAGCCCCGCGCGCCCUUUGAGCCCCGGCCCGGGGUGCUGGAGGCGGACGGCGGCCAGGGCAAGAAACUGAUCAAUCUCUGCUCACCUCUGCCCUGUAUGAUCCCCCUCCAGCCCCUGGGCUACGAGGUGCCGUCCAAGACGCUACUCAGUUACUCCGAGCUCUGGAAAAGCAGCCUCCGGGCGGGCGGCGGCGGCGGCGGAGGAGGAGGUGGCGGCGGUGGCGGGGGGACCCCAGUGUGCGGCGCCAGCGGCUUGUGCAAAACCAACUGUGGCGUGUGCUGCAAGGCCGAGCUAGGCAUGGCGCCGUCCGCGCUGCCCGCGGGCAGGGUCAUCAAGCCGCAGGUGAUCAACCAGGCCGUGGGGCUGCCGGCCGGCGGGUCACUCUACUACUUCAACUACCUGGACUCGGCCGCCUACCCGCCUUCCGAGCUGCUCCGCAGCCACCUCUUCCCUUCCGGCCUCCUCAAUGCGCAGGCCCCCGCCGCCCUGGCCGCGCACCCGAAGCUCUUUCUGCUGGAUAACGCCAAGCUGGCCAGCUUGGCCGCGGACAAGUUCCCCCACCCGCCCCCCUACCCCCACAAAGAGCGCCUGCCCGCUCCGCUGGAGCAGGUGCUGAAGGAGAACUCGGCCCUGACCGCCGAGCGCGGCGGCGGCAAGGGCCACAGCAAGCUGCCCGGGGGCUCCUCCGACGGCAAGCCCAAGAACUUCACCUGCGAGGUGUGCGGCAAGGUGUUUAACGCGCACUAUAACCUCACCCGCCACAUGCCGGUCCACACCGGAGCCAGACCGUUCGUGUGCAAAGUCUGCGGCAAAGGCUUCCGCCAGGCCAGCACGCUCUGCAGACACAAAAUUAUCCACACGCAGGAAAAGCCGCAUAAAUGCAACCAGUGCGGCAAAGCGUUCAACCGCAGCUCCACGCUCAAUACGCACAUCCGCAUCCACGCCGGCUACAAGCCCUUCGUCUGCGAAUUUUGCGGCAAAGGCUUUCACCAAAAAGGGAACUACAAGAACCAUAAGCUGACCCACAGCGGCGAGAAGCAGUACAAAUGUACCAUCUGCAACAAGGCCUUUCACCAGGUCUACAACCUCACCUUUCACAUGCACACUCACAACGACAAGAAGCCUUUCACGUGCGCCACUUGCGGCAAAGGGUUUUGCAGAAACUUUGACUUAAAGAAACACGUGCGCAAACUCCACGACAGCGUGGGGCCCGCCACUCCCUGCGCAAAGGACUUGGCUCGGACAGUGCAGAGCUGAGAGCUGCUGCCUCUCCCUCCUUUCCAGCCCCGUCCCACCCCAAAACAGAUCACACGCAUAAGCUUACUGCUGAAAUUAAAAGGAGGAAAAAAAAAAAAAAAAACUAUAGCAGAGAGGCUAGAAUCUAUUUAUCGAAACCAGCGUAUUUUUGGAAAGCUAAACGUUUCCUCGAUGACUGGCAGCAAACGCGUGGCUCCCACCUUUGUAUAUUCAGGAAACUUAUUUAAAUCCAGUGCACCGCAACGUAUUUGAAUUCCAGGCCUCGGCUUCGCGGGCGGCUGGUGUUAACCCCAGCCUGUCACCAAGAGCGCCCCGGAGGACCGCGGCGCCCUCAGCCGUCUUUAUACAGCCAUGUCAAUUUUCCUGUACAAGCCACCACGGAAUAGAUACAUAUAUAUGACUCAAUAAACA